AUGACAACUAAAGUAAUGAUUCGUACUGGUGAUAAGCCCCACAAGUGUCCCGAGUGCCCAGCAAAAUUCAAGGACCUUAGCACUUUGACAUGGCACAUGUUUGUACAUUCUAAUGAUAAUCUAAACAAGUGUCCCAAGUGCGAGAAGAAAUUCAAGGACUCUAAAGGUUUGAGACUGCACGUGGUAGUACAUUCCUCUACCUCACGAGGCCUCACGAGUGUCCUGAGUCACAUGUUACAACAUAUGAACGAUGAACCUCAUAAGUGUCCUGAUUGUGGCAAAACUUACAGUCUUCGUGGAAAUAUGAAGCAACGUUUAAAAGUGGAUACAGGUGAUACGUCUCAAAAGUGUGAAGAGUGUGAGAAAAGUCAACUUACAAAUAUGAAGAGGUGCACUCUGAUGAUAGAGUUAAUCGGUGCCCCAGCGAGCAACAAGAAGCAGAAUAUGAAGAGGCAUCAAUUCCACAAAAUAU